CGUGCCCCCCGAACGUCUCUUGCCCCCUGUGACGUCAGCGCCUGCUCGGUAAACGGAGCCUCUCUCUCUCUCUCUCUCUCUCUCUCUCUCUCUCUCUCUCCGGUCUGAAGAGAAACGGAGGAACAAGAAACCGGAGAGACCGACACCCACAAACCGGUCCGAGAGUGUGCGUGUCUGUCUCUCCGCCUGUCUGUGUGUCUGUCUGAGCGACAGACAGGAAACAGAAGAAGGAGAAGAAAGAGAAGAAGGAGAAGAAGGAGAAGAAAGAGAAGAAGGAGAAGAAGUGCGCUCGGAGUUGCUCGGUAGUUUUCCCUCGCGCUCCGGAGGGUCUCGUGUGAACAUGGAGUGGACCGGAACUUUGCUGCUGUCCGCGGCUCUCGCGCUGCUUUCACUGGGACUAACGGGCGCGCGGGCGGACACCUUCAAAGCCUGUCUGUCUGGUCAGGCUCCAGACUGUCCUCUGGUCCAGUCCAAAGAGGACGACUUUGACUGGGAACAAGGAGACACCCAAGACCGACCGACCAGCAACCCAUGGAUCCCUGCAGGGUCGUCCUUCCUGUUUGUGAACACGUCUGGGCGUUAUGGCGGUCAGCGCGCUCAGCUGCUUCUGCCACCGCUCAAAGAGAAUGACACGCACUGCGUCAGCUUUCUGUUCUACCAGGCAGGCGGCGGCGAGGGCGCCACGCCCGCCACACUCAACGUCUACAUCAGAGAGAACAACAGUCCUCUGGGAGUUCCCGUCUUCAACUCGUCUGGCCCCGCCUACCACAUCUGGAAAGGGGUGGAGCUAGCUGUUUCUACGUUCUGGCCUAAUUACUACCAGGUCGUGUUUGAGGCGGUCAGCACCGGUCAGAGAGGAGUUCUGGCCAUCAAGGACAUCACACUGCAGGGACACCAGUGCAUGAGCACGCCUCACUUCCUGCACAUCAAAGGCGUGGAGGUGAACGCUGGACAGACGGCGACGUUUCACUGCACCAUCAACGGACAACCACAGAGCAACCUUCUGCUAUACCUGCAGGGGAUGGGUGGUCGUCAGGCGGUUGUCAGGGAAACUAAAGCCACGAGCAAGCGGCGCUACACGGCGAACUUCGACAUGGAAAACACGACGAAGGGCGACUCUGGGCGCUAUCGCUGCAUCGCCCAAUCAGAGCGAGGCGUGGGUGUGUCCUCCUACGCUGACCUCACAGUCAAACAACCUCCGGUACCGAUCGCCCCCCCUCAGCUGACAGCUGUGGGCGCCACCUACCUGUGGAUCCAACUCAACGCCAACUCCAUCAACGGGGACGGACCAAUCAUUGAGAGAGAGGUGGAGUACCGUACGGUGUCAGGCCUGUUGAUCGACACAACGCCCGUGGAUAAGUCCACACACAAGAUUGGACACCUGGACCCGGACACAGAGUAUGAGAUCAGCGUGCUGCUCACCAGGCCCCUGGAAGGAGGCACGGGAAACCCUGGACCACCUCUCAGAGCCAGGACCAAGUGUGCAGAUCCGAUGCAUGGCCCACGACGUCUCGAGGUCGUCGACAUUCAGUCCAAACAGGUGACAGUACGAUGGGAACCAUUCGGAUACAACGUGACCCGCUGCCACAGCUACAACCUGACCAUACAGUACCACUACAGACCUGCAGGGGCCCCCAGCAGGGAGCCGGUGAAGGAGGAGGAGGUGUACGACGCUCAGCUGCCUCAGCACACUGUGCGUAACCUUCCACCAUUCACCAACGUCAGCCUGAGACUUGUCCUGAGUAACCCAGAGGGACGCAAAGAGAGCGAGGAGCUGCUGGUGCUGACGGACGAGGACGUUCCCGGAGCCGUUCCAGUCGAUUCAAUCCUGGGCAGCAGUUACGAGCAGCAGAUCAGUCUGAGCUGGAGAGAACCACUGCAGACGUACGGCCUCAUCCGACAGUAUGAGAUCUCAUACAAAGCUCUGAGCUCCUUCGACACAGAGUUCGACCUGUCCAAUCAGAGUGGCAAGGUGUUCAAACCAGCCAAUGAGACGAGCCACGUUUUCACCGGUCUCUACCCAGGCUCAACCUACUCCUUCACAAUAAGAGCCUCCACCGUCAAAGGCUUCGGGCCUCCAGUCAUCACCCAGUUCACCACCAAGAUUUCAGCCCCUCUGAUGCCAGCAUACGAUCAGGAGUCUCCUCUGAAUCAGACAGACUCCACUGUGACUGUUCUGCUGAAACCAGCUCAGAGCCGAGGAGCUCCAGUCAGUAAGUAUCAGGUGGUGGUGGAGGAGGAGCGCCCCCGCAGGCAGAGGAGAGGUACUGCAGAGAUCCUGCGUUGUUACCCAGUACCCAUUCACUUCCAGAAUGCCUCUCUGUUGGACUCUCAGUAUUACUUCAGUGCAGAGCUGCCGAUGAGCGAGAUGAGAGCUCCCAUGGCCUUCUGUGUUGGUGAUAACAGGACCUACAGUGGUUACUGGAACGCCCCUCUGCUGCCUCACAAGAGUUAUGGCAUCUACUAUCAGGCAGUCAGCACUGCUAACGGGGAGACGAAGAUCGACUGUGUGCGGGUGGCCACUAAAGCUGCUAUAAUCAUCACCCAGCUCACCACGCCGUACAUUCGCAUCGCGCCGGCGGCUGGUGACAAGCAGCUAACAGGAGCUGCGACCAGGAAACCAGAACCAGAACAGGAGGAACCCGGGUCGGAUCACACGGUGAAGAUCGCUGGAUCCAUUGCCGGCAUCCUGCUCUUCAUCAUCAUCUUCCUCGGAGUCAUCCUGCUGAUGAAGAAACGACGAAGAAAUUAUCACUCCUACACUUACUACCUGAAGUUGGCGAAGAAGAGGAAGGAAACUCUGAGCUCCAGACAGGAAAUGACUCUAAUGGUCAACAACUCCCAACACACAACAAUGGUGGACACACACACACUGAAUGGACGCAAUGUGUCGUCUCCGUCCUCCUUCACCCUGAAGACAAACACCAUCAGCACCACCGUCCCCAACUCCUACUAUCCAGAUCCCUUCGUGCCGACGGCAAUUCUGGUGCCCAUUAAUGAUGACAGCCACACUAUGACCAGUGAAACCAGCAGCCUGGUCCAGUCCCACUUUAAGCAGCGAGAGUCGGAGCGCGAGGCGCUGCCCUACCAGACGGGUCAGCUGCACCCGGCCAUCCGAGUGGCCGACCUCCUGCAGCACAUCACCCAGAUGAAAUGUGCCGAAGGUUACGGCUUCAAGGAGGAGUACGAGCUUAACGAGGGUUUCUUUGAAGGUCAGUCUGCUCCGUGGGAUUCAGCCAAAAAAGAUGAAAACCGCCUGAAGAAUCGCUACGGCAACAUCAUCGCCUAUGAUCAUUCGCGUGUGCGUCUCCAGCCUCAGGACGGAGAGAGUGGCUCCGACUACAUCAACGCCAACUACGUCGACGGUUACCACAGACCUAAUCACUACAUCGCUACCCAAGGUCCCAUGCAGGAGACAGUUUACGAUUUCUGGCGGAUGAUUUGGCAGGAGAACACCGCUGCCAUCGUCAUGGUAACCAACCUGGUGGAGGUGGGGCGGGUGAAGUGUUGUAAGUACUGGCCAGACGACACAGAAAUCUACGGCGACAUGAAGGUGACGCUGAUCGAGACUCAACUGCUGUCAGAGUACGUGAUCCGGACCUUUGCUGUGGAGAAGAGGGGCGUGGCAGAGAUCAGGGAGAUCCGUCAGUUUCACUUCACCGGUUGGCCUGAUCACGGCGUGCCGCUUCACGCCACCGGCCUGCUCGGCUUCAUCCGCCGCGUCAAGGCAAAGACUCCGCCCACUGCCGGCCCCACUGUCGUCCACUGCAGUGCGGGGGCGGGGCGUACAGGUUGUUUCAUAGUGAUUGACAUCAUGUUAGACAUGGCGGAGAGGGAGGGCGUGGUCGACAUCUACAACUGUGUCCGAGAGCUGAGAGCACGAAGGGUUAACAUGGUCCAAACUGAGGAGCAGUACGUCUUCAUCCAUGACGCCAUCUUGGAGGCGUGUCUCUGCGGUGACACUGCCAUUCCGGCCAAUCAGCUGCGGUCGGUUUAUUACGAGAUGAACCGAUUGGAUCCUCAGACGAACUCGAGUCAGAUCAAAGAGGAGUUCAGGACCCUGAACAUGGUGACACCCACCUUGCGGGUGGAGGACUGCAGCAUCGCUCUGUUGCCUAGAAACCACGAGAAGAACCGCUGCAUGGACGUGUUGCCUCCGGACCGCUGCCUGCCGUUCCUCAUCACCAUCGACGGAGAGAGCUCCAACUACAUCAACGCCGCGCUGAUGGACAGUUACAAGCAGCCGUCGGCCUUCAUUGUUACCCAGCAUCCUUUGCCAAACACAGUGAAGGACUUCUGGCGUCUGGUCCUCGACUACCACUGUACGUCCAUCGUCAUGCUGAACGACGUCGACCCGGCACAGCUCUGUCCUCAGUACUGGCCUGAGAACGGCCUCCACCGCCUCGGCUCUCUGCAGGUGGAGUUUGUGUCAGCUGAUCUGGAGGAGGACGUCAUCAGCCGCAUCUUCAGGAUCUACAACACGGCCCGGCCACAGGACGGGUACCGCAUGGUGCAGCAGUUCCAGUUCCUGGGCUGGCCCAUGUACCGGGACACGCCCGUGUCCAAGCGCUCCUUCCUCAAACUGGUUCACCAGGUGGACAAAUGGCAGGACGAGUACGACGGAGGAGAGGGACGCACGGUGGUCCACUGCCUUAAUGGAGGAGGUCGCAGUGGUGUGUUCUGCAGUAUCAGUAUCGUGUGUGAGAUGUUACGACAGCAGCGCUGCGUCGACGUUUUUCACGCCGUAAAAACUUUGAGAAACAACAAACCAAACAUGGUGGACCUGCUGGAACAGUAUAAAUUUUGUUAUGAGGUCGCUCUGGAGUAUCUCAACUCUGCUUAGCCUGAUGGACAGACAGCCUUCAUCAUCCUCUUCCUCCCUCAGUGAUAAUGCUGCACACAGUCUGACAGGAGGAGGAAGAGGAGGAGGAGGAGGAGGAGGUCUACUACUGAGUGAAGGUGAAGAGGAAGAAGGACACUGAGGAGGAGGAGGAUGUUUUUGCACUGCCUUGUUUGACUGCGACACACUGAACUGUGUUUGUCACGUCUUUGUCGUGUUGCGCCUGUUUUUUACAGUUUUUGUCGUGUUGAUGAAACUAAAGAAUCAAACCACACAUGGAGCGUCCGUCCAGCUGACAGGAGCUCAGCUCACCUGAUGCACUCGAAACUCAACACCAUGACAUCCCUGCUUCCUCUUCAAGAACCAGCCCGGUGUGUUCAGGUCUGCCAGUGUCAGUCAGCAUGCGGACGUCACCUCGCAGACCAAACGCAAUACAGCAUCUAUCACCAUUACGACAAAAUAUCAAAGUAUCUCUUGAGUAGGAGAAAACAUUUACAAUUGGGAAAAAACAUUUCAUGAUUACAAGAAAAGAUUUCACAGUUUAAAGGACCAACACAUUUAAAAAUGAUCCUGGAAUGAACUGGGAAAUGUUUGAGGAGUUACUGGGCUGAUUGGGAACACUGGUAUGGUCCUUUGAAGAGCAUGAUGGGCAAUGUUGUAAAAAGUCACAUUUGAUUGAUCAGAGCUCAGAAUUAUCGGCAGGUAUAAAUUAGUGAUGAAAUGAUUAGUCGAUUAAUGAGUUUGUUGAUCAACAGAACACAUCAACUAUUUUGCCAAGCAACCGUUGACUAAACUCGUCCUCCAAACAAUGACUUUCCAAUCACAGCUGAGCAGCAGUGAGGAAAGAACACAGUGUCAAUGUUUGCCACUAACGUUGUAUGUCUGACUGAGACUGAACUCUGAGCUGGAUGAGGGUGGUGCUGGUUUUGGUUUGGGCCGAGUUUGAGGCGAGCUGUUAAUAAUGUAAAUAAAGCAGGAGGAAGCAGGAAGAAGAAUAUUUAUUCCUUCAGUUGUUCUCAGUGUCGUUGUUGUCGUCAUCGUUCUUGUGAAGCACACAGAGAGACAAUCAUGUCGGACGAUUAGAAUGUUCCACCAUCAAAACCACGGUCAGACCAGUUCUGUGUCCCAGUCCUGUUAGUACUCUGUGUACUCUGUGUACUUUCGGUGUAGUGUUACUUACAUUUGUAUAUUAAGGUAUUCACCUCCACCUCUUCAGCUGCAGCUGCUUCAUCAGCCGCUACUCGUCCCUCCACCUCCAGCUGUCCAACACUCACAGUACACUGACUUUAGACAGGACGGACAGGGUGGACACACUGAUGGACGAGGACGGAGACUGAGACAGACUGAGACUCAGAGGACUGAGACAGACUAAGACUCAGAGGACUGAGACAGACUAAGACUGAGACAGACUAAGACUCAUAGGACUGAGACAGACUUAGACUCAGAGGACUGAGACAGACUAAGACUCAGAGGACUGAGAAAGACUGAGACAGACUGAGACUGAGACAGACUGAGACUCAGAGGACGGAGACAGACUUAGACUCAGAGGACUGAGACAGACUAAGACUCAGAGGACUGAGACAGACUAAGACUCAGAGGACUGAGACAGACUAAGACUCAGGACGGAGACACAGCUGCUGACAUACAGCUCUGGGUUGUCUGGCCUUGGUUCUGACUGAACCCUGUUGACGUACGGCUCUGGUGCUGAUGAGAACAUUAUUGUAAUGUAAAGAUUUUAUUUAUGUUGUAUGAUUCCAAAAUACUACAAAUAAAAAUCUGUAUACACUCA